AUGCGUCACUCCACCAUUGCCGCUUCAGCCAUCGCCUCAUUCGCAUUCCUCCAGUGCAUCCUAGCGCCGAUCCCCCUAAUGGUGAUCGGCCUCUCGGCCGCCACGGCCGAAGCCGUGACGGGCGCCGCAGCCGGGCCGGGUUCCUGCACGCGACGAAGCUGGCGCAGGAGCUCUCGGAGCAGCUCAACCUGCCCGAGGACUAUCCCGCCGCCGCCGCCUACCGCCCCGGAGGGCGUCCCGCAGUUCAACGUCGACGCGUGCUACCGCGACGCGCUGAACGCGACCGUCACCAUGACGGGCCCCGUCGGCGAGAACCACAUCCGGGUCGAGGGGCUGCCGCAGACGUGCAUGGUCCUGAGCAUGAUUCUGGGCGGCACGCCGCACGGCCCGCAGCCGGUUCCCUGCGGGAACGCUUGCAUCGAGUUCGCGGGGAUGACGGUGGAUGGCAUCUGGGUUCUGCUCGUCUUUCAUCUAGUAAAUUACGACAUCGACGACCCUGACGGUGACAUGGACGUAUCUAGAAAGGACGGACAGUCACUCAUUGCCAGGUUUGUGAGACUUUACGAUGUCGUUCACGAAGGUAGGAUUGAAAGGCGACAGAAAAUACUAGAGCGGCUCCCAGUCAUAUUGAAAGAAGGCGAUAUCGAUUGCGUAGACGUCCCCGGACGGUGGCCGGUGUUCAUGUCCCAGGACAAGAUUCCCAUGUUGCAUAACCGCAGCCACGAGUCGGGUGUGUUUAUCCACAUGAUUGUCGAGCACUUGUUUGAAAGACUUGAGGGUAUUAUUCAAGACAAGAAGAACCCUGCCCGCGGGACGAUCCGGAGAAGACUCCAUAACCUCUAUGAGAAUCGGUUAUGGGCAGCUAUCCGUUUGCCUAUGAAUGCAGGUAUAUUGCACAGGGCUCGCGGUCGCAUGAUUGGGAACAUCAUGACUGGAAUGAGCGUGACCAACCAAUGGCAAGCAACAGCGGCUAUCGAGGUCCCGUUUUAUACCAUACGUGCGUCAAAUGGUUUAACGUCGGCCCUGGAUGGGCUUAACUUAGCUGACGAUGGGCAGAGUGGUGAGAAUGAAGGCAGCGUGUCCAACAAAUCAAAUCAAAUCAAAUAA